AUGGCCCAACAUCCCAUCCUUAUCAUCAAGCCUUUCAGAUCCUGUCGUCAAUCCCAAUACCAAUCUUGCUCUCCCUCUCAGUACGUCGCGUAUCUACGCGAGCUCUUUGCGCGAGUCCAGCAUGAGUCAAUAGCAGGCUCGGCAGGCCGGUCUGCAAGCCUCCCUGUUUCUGCAGCAGCGCAAGCCCAAGCAGCAAGGGCGGAGGCAUACCUUCAGCGAAUCACCUUGCUGGCUGAUCUACUGGAGGAGCACGUGCUGCCUGACAUGUGGCACAUGCCGGACAACCUGCCUCUUGUGGACGACUGUCAACUGGACGCCUUGGUACCUCAAGAUCCCAACCUAUCUUCAACCUUCAGAGGAAUCAAGCCUGCUCGAUCCCAGCAGCAGCAGCAGCAGCAGCAGCAGCAAGGAGAGACCAAUGGAGAUGCCUCAUGGGGCAAUGCGCCCUCUUCUGCAGCCUUUGUGGGUCGGCAUGGCAGGGAGGCGUUGGGGCUUCGAUCACGCCGCCGCCAAUUGAGAGAUCGGCGUGGGCCUUCUUCCAAGAACCCACAAUCAGGUUCUUCUUUCUCCGGAUCGACCCUGGACGACGCAUCAAGAGCAAUCAUUUCAACGCAUAAGAACCUUCAGGAGGAGCUAACUGAUCAAAUGUUGACACUGGCAGGGCAGAUGAAGGCCAACUCGCUUGCCAUGGAGCAGAAAGUCAAAAGCUCCAAUAAGGUUCUUGAUGCAACCGAAGAGUCGAUGGAGAGAAAUGUGGCCAGCCUGAGCGGCGUCGCGCAUCCAUACUAUCCGCGCGACAUCGUGCUGCCGGACUACGUGCCGCCAGCGUGGAGCACGGCGGAGCUCUUCGGCGUUUUCGGGGUGGCCGUCGGGCUGAUCUUCACCGUCUCGUGGCUCUUCGCACGCUCAUGUCGGCAUCUGUCAGCGUCGGAGCGGUUCACGUUUAGCUGGUGGGCCGUGACGGGCGCCAUUCACAUGCUCAUGGAGGGAGCAUUUGUCGCCUUCCCCGCCCUCAUCAGCAGCACCAGCAAGGCGUUCCUACUCGAUGCCUGGAAGGAGUAUGCCAUUUCGGAUUCACGAUAUGCUACCCGUGACACCUGCAUCGUCUCUCUAGAAGCAGUCACUGCCUUCAUCGAAGGCCCUGCCUGCAUCCUUAUUCUGUAUGCCAUGGCGACCAGGAAGCCCUUCAGCAAUCUGCUGCAGUUCACCGUGUCCCUUGGGCAGCUGUACGGAGCAGCUGUGUACUUCGCCACGAGCUACCUGGAAGGCUUUCCCCACUCAGACCCCCAUCCGAUCUACUUCUGGGGUUACUUUGUUGGCAUGAACGCCAUUUGGAUCUUGGUGCCGUUUCUUAUUCUCUGGCGCUGCUGGGUGCGCAUUACAUCAGCAGAGGCCUCGACACAAGCUCCAAGUACUCGAAGGUCCAAGAGGGACUAG